UAGUGCACAAAUGACAGCGUCAUUUUCCUCAGUUUUCUUAAUUUUGGUUCGUGAUUUAAUUUUUUAGUUUCUAAGUAACAGCAAAAUAUAAUAAUUUUGUAUAUGGAUUUAUAUACGGUAACAAAUAAUAAAAUAGUUCUCCACUAAAUAAUAAUAUGGUGAUUUUAACCCCAGUCACAAAUUUAUAGCACGGUGGCGGGUUGCGAGCACGGAGCGGGCGGGGCGAGCUCGGGCGGCGGGCGGCCCGCCGACACCAUUCGCCGCGUCAAGGUGAAGAUGUCGUCGGUAUCCGCGCAAGGCGUCGUCGAGCGCGCCUCGGCCGAGUUGUCGCGGCGCAUUACCGGCCUGGGGCUCCGCGGCCGGAAGCGCUCUCCCGGGGUAGUGGAACGUAUGGCGAAUGCGCUGUGCGGUCCCGCUUCCACUGCAGCACCUAGAAUACCCCGCCGGCGUCGACCAUCUCCUCGACCUCUCGUUUGGAGUCAGUUUAUAUUAGAAGAAAGAUUUCUAGAGAAGUUUUUUCUUUAUUUCACUCCUAAUGAAAGAAAAACGUUAGCCCAAGUGUGCACGAAAUGGCGCGACAUUCUCUAUUCGUCCCCGCGAUGGUGGUCCGGGUUGGCUGCCGUAUUAGACUGUCGCGAACUGCGCUCCGAAUCUGGCUGUUGUAUGCAAAGGUUUUAUAAUUCAGUGAUUAGAAGAGGUAUUCGAGGUGUUAUUUUGAUAUCUGCUACCGAUGACGAUAUAAAUGAGCUUAUUAAGCAGUUUCCCCUAUCAGCACACCACUUACACGCUAUUGGACUAAAAGGAUGCACAAUAACAGAUAGAGGAUUAGAAGCUAUUUUGGACCAUUUACAGGUUCUCUUUGAACUUGAACUAACGGGCUGCAAUGAGAUAACAGAGGCUGGUUUAUGGGCAUGUCUAACUCCGAGGAUUGUUUCACUCACGCUUACUGAUUGCAUUAACAUUGCUGACGAGGCUGUCGGUGCGGUGGCUCAGCUUUUACCGUCUCUGUACGAGUUUUCAUUACAAGCAUACCAUGUGACGGAUGCAGCUCUCGGCUAUUUCUCGCCAAAGCAAAGUGCUUCACUCAGUAUAUUGAGAUUACACAGCUGCUGGGAACUUACUAACCAUGGUGUCGUUAACAUCGUGCACUCGCUGCCCAACCUGACCGUGCUGUCGCUGAGCGGCUGCAGCAAGGUGACGGACGAGGGCGUGGAGCUGCUGGCGGAGAACUUGCCGCGCCUGCGCAGUCUCGACCUGAGCUGGUGCCCGCGCGUCACCGACAACGCGCUCGAGUACAUCGCCUGCGACCUCAACCACCUCGAGGAGCUCACGCUGGACAGAUGCGUGCACAUAACGGACAUCGGCGUCGGAUACAUCAGCACCAUGCAGUCGCUGGUGGCGCUAUUCCUGCGCUGGUGCUCGCAGGUGCGCGACUUCGGCGUACAACACCUCUGCGGCAUGAGGUCCUUGCAGCUGUUGUCUCUGGCCGGGUGCCCGCUGCUGACGUCGGGCGGGCUGUCGAGCCUCAUCCAGCUGCGCCAGCUUCGCGAGCUGGAGCUCACCAACUGCCCGGGAGCGUCUCCGGAGCUCUUCGACUACUUGCACGAGCACCUGCCGCGGUGUCUCAUCGUCGAGUGAGCACGGACGGACCAGUCGAUAUGUAUAUAGAGGCCUGUUUGUACAUAAUACACUAAGAAAAUCUCAGUCAAUUUGUAACGUUUGCGCGUUUACCGGCUUUUGAAGAUUUUGUUCGGUUGUAGACUUGUAUCCAACAAAGUGGAAAUGAGAGGGGAGGACGAAUGUAUCAUAAAUAACGAAUAGUAGGGAUAGUUACUUCAGGCGGAGAGGAGAGAGAAAAGGUGAAAUAACAUCUCCGCUUUAGUGGAUAUCGAUUAUAUAUGAUGCACGGGACUGUACACAGUCGUCCUUUGUAUACCUGAUAUUCAUAAGCUUCCGACUACCAAAUUUAUUUUCAAAUGAGUAACUAGCUCGGUAAUUUAAAAGCUAAUUUUUUCCUUGAUCUCAAUACAUUUUUAUUAUUUUCUUUAAUUUUUGAUUUAGACAUGCCAAAAAGAUCUUUUAAUGAUGUAAGCAUUAAGAAGUUUAAAAGUUUUGUAGUUAUUAAUUAUGUUUAUAAGAUUUUAUUGAAUAUAAUCUAACAAACAUAAUAAAUAAAGACCCAAUAAUUGCUCAAUUUCUCCUUUAACUUAAAAUAUAAUCUCUAAUUAUUAUAAAAAGUAAUUUAUAUGAAAACAUAAUGUUAAGUUAUUUCAUUUAACAAAAGACUCAUACCAAACUUUAUGUAAUUGAUGGUUGAAUGUAAAACAAAAAUGAAAAUUCGAUGUUAUAAAAAGUGUAAAUGCAUCUAAUUUAUGGAUUCUCCUUCAUAUAAUUUUAUUUUUAUAUCGGUUAGAAUGGCGGAUGUAAGAUUUCCAAAUAACUUCAAACUAUACUGAACUAUUGUAUGAAUCGAUUUGUGACCGAAGCUUUACGAAAUCAGUUCAAGAAGGUCAAAAGUGAAUAAAAUAAUGUUAUUUAUGUUUAUAGCAAUAUAACAUCUUAACGAUUGGUCAUUAUGCAACUCGUCCACAAUAAUAUCAUAUCGAAAUCAAUUCUUUUUCUUAUAAUAUUUAUUUACUUAAAAGUAAUUUAAUAAGCAAAAUAUGUUUCAGAUUUUCUUAAGUUGUGUGAAACUAGAUUAGCAAAUAAACUCUUUUUAAACUUUCGUAGUUUAAACGUCAUUUUUGGAAAAUUGAGCUAAUAAAAAUAAAAGUAACAGU